AGCCUACAACGGGCUUGAACCCUGCUUGACUCAGUUUCUGGAAAACUCGGGCCAAGUCAUCAACUGGGUCGUGCACGACUUUGCUUGUCACUGGCUACCUAGAGUCGCGAGUCGACUCGGGAUCAAGUUAGCUUUAUUUUCCAUACUCAACGCCACAUCAAUGUCCUUUUUUGGACCACCGUCGACAUCGGCGAGCGGUUCUCAGAGCCGACCGGAGGACUUCACGUCGGUCCCCAACUGGUGGAAGGAAAUGCCUUACGACGUAGCUUUUAAGUUGCACGAGAUGGAGUCUCACUGGGACUGCAUGGACUCCGAUGUUUCGGAUUUUGAGCGAGGUAACGAGGUUGUUCAGGGCUGCGAUAUCAUACUCACCCGGACUUGCCCCGAGUUCGAACCCGAUUCCCUGAGUCUUCUCAAGACUCUUCACGAAAAACCGAUUCUUCCCAUUGGGUUGUUGCCACCGUCCGAACCAAGAGAAUAUGGAGACGAGAGAUGGGAAGCUGUGAAUCAGUGGCUGGCUUCCAAGAACGGUGACUACUUGUGUUAUUAAUUGGGAAAAAUACAAAGUAAAAGAAGGAAAAUUCUAUCUGAACAGACCAAAAAAUAUAAAAAAAAAAAAAAAGAUACAGUAAGUAUAAAAAUUACAGAAUGAAACUCCAAUCUCAUAACCAUGUUGAGAAAGGAAUAUGUAUGUAUGAUGUUCUUAUCACCAUGCAACC